AGAGAAUAUUGAUUCUUUUUAAAGGUACUUCAGCAGUUUACUGUUCCAAGGGAGUGAGGUUUUCCCUCUCUCUCUCUCUCUCCUCUUCCCACCAUUUCUACAGUCCGCACUUCUUUACUUUCCCUUAUAUAUAUAAUAUAUCUGAAGAACCUUUUUUAGUUGUACCUUUGUUAAGCCAUAAACAUGCUUCUUAGAAGCUCCUCAGCUCCGAUCUUCAACUCAUGGCUUUCCCACUCAAAAGACUCCUCACCACAGCCAGAGCCACUCCUCACUAGAACCACGUCAGUUUCCUUAUCAUCAUCUUCUUCUUUUCACUCACCUUCAAUCGACCCAACAAAGAAAACAACAACCCAAGUCUUGUUAGAAGCAGACAUCCCAAGCCAACCUAAGCCCAAAAAGAAGAACCCCAUACCUCUAAGCCUUGGAAAGAAAUCUAAAACCAAGGCCAAAAAUGUUGAAGAACAAGAAGAAGAGCUAAAACCCAGCUCAAUAUCUUCAUCUGCGACGCAAAGGUUGUUCUCAAGCUCUGGUUUGGGUGAGAAGCUCAUGGAUGAUGAAGACUCUGCUGUGGGGAAAGAAGACUAUGGUUUGCAGACACUAGUUUUGGGUGGUGGUGCGGGAAGUAAUGGUGGUAAGAUCUGUGGUGGUGGUAGUAGCGGGAAAGGAUCGGACGGUGGAGAUGGAGGUUGGUCUGGUUUCUUUGAGAGUAACAAUCAUGGGAGUGGGAGCACAGAUGCUUAUUAUCAGAAGAUGAUUCAAGCUGACCCGGGAAAUGGCCUCUUACUUGGGAACUAUGCAAAGUUUCUAAAAGAGGUCCGAGGAGAUUAUGCUAAAGCAGAGGAGUACUGUGGAAGAGCGAUUUUGGCUAACCCGAAUGAUGCCAAUGUCUUAUCACUAUAUGCUGAUAUAAUAUGGAAAACACAGAAGGAUGCUGAACGAGCUGAGAAUUACUAUGAUCAAGCUGUUAAAACUUCCCCAGACGACUGUUUUGUCCUGGCUUCAUAUGCUGGAUUCCUUUGGGAUGCUGAAGAAGAAGAAGAAGAAGAAGAAGAAAAUCAAGGGGUUAAACAUGAAACCGAGCGCAGCCACACAUCUUCGUCCAAUUUCUUCCAUGGAGCUCCUCACCAUUCUCCCUUAACUACAGCCUCUUAGACAACUCUGUGUCUUCUAGGAUAAAUAACAUAUAUUAGCUGUGACUUUUGUAACAUAGCUGAAAUAGCAUAAUAGCUGAUAAAUAUAUUGUGGUGGUCAUGUUCCUGAGUUUUUUGUUCUCUUAAUAUGCUCUGUUCCAAUAAGAGAAGACUAGGCAGACCCUUUGGACCUCCUUCUGUAUCAUUGAAAUAAAGGUUUAUGUGAUUAGAGAAAAGAUAAGGUCUAUGUAUAUUCUGUAAGCCCCUGUGAAAUAUUUCUUCUAUGCUA